AUGCCCGGCGGGAGCGUGUGGGUGCUGGUGCUGGCGCUGGCACUGCCCAGCACUGGACAGCAGCACCUGCAGGAGGCCGAGCGCAUCAUGAGCACCACGCCGCUCAUCGACGGGCACAACGACCUGCCCUGGCAGCUCCUCCACAAGUUCUACAACCAGCUAAGGCUGCCAGCAGCCAACCUGACCCUGCUGAACGACACCCACACCAACAUCCCCAAACUGCGCCAGGGCCACGUGGGCGGGCAGUUCUGGUCGGUGUACGUGCCCUGCGAGACGCAGAACAAGGACGCGGUGAGGCGCACGCUGGAGCAGAUGGACGUGGUGCAGCGCAUGUGUGACCUGUACCCAGAGACCUUCCUCUGUGUCACCGACAGCAGCGGCAUCCGGGAGGCGUUCCGGACCGGGAAGGUGGCCAGCCUGAUCGGGGUGGAGGGCGGCCACUCCAUCGACAGCAGCCUGGGCGUCCUGCGCACCCUGUACCGCCUGGGUGCCCGCUACAUGACCCUCACCCACAGCUGCAACACCCCCUGGGCUGACAACUGGCUGGUGGACACCAACGAUGAGGAACCUGUGCACCACGGCCUCUCACCCUUUGGGAAGAUGGUGGUGGAGGAGAUGAACCGCCUGGGCAUGAUGGUGGACCUGGCCCACGUCUCAGUGGACACCAUGAAGAUGGUGCUGAACAUCUCCAAGGCCCCCGUCAUCUUCAGCCACUCCUCUGCCUACAGCCUCUGCCGGCACCGCCGCAACGUGCCCGACGACGUGCUGCGGCUGGUGGCCUCCACGGGCAGUUUGGUGAUGGUCAACUUCUACAACGCCUACGUGACCUGCAGUGACAAGGCGCAGCUGUCGGACGUGGCAGACCACAUGGACUAUGUGAAGAAGGUGGCCGGUGUCCAGGCUGUCGGCUUCGGGGGGGACUACGACGGGGUCUCGGGGGUCCCCACCGGCCUGGAGGACGUCUCCAAGUACCCCAUGCUGGUGGCCGAGCUGCUGGCGAGGAACUGGACGGAGCAGGAGGUGAGGGGAGCCCUGGCUGAGAACCUGCUCCGGGUCUUCAGCAAGGUGGAGGAGGUGAAGAGGAGCCUGCAGGGCACGGCUCCCCUCGAGACCCCCAUCGCCUUCGAGGAGCUGGAGAGGUCGUGCAGAACCAGCUACGGCUACUCCAGCGGCGCGGGCACCGCCCGGGCCCCGCCCGCAGCCCUGGCACCGCCGCUGGCCCUGGCGCUGCUCCUGGCCCUGCUCUCCUAG